AUGGCUUUGAAUCCUUUGGCAUGGGGCUUCGUGGUGGGUGGUGCCACUGGUGCCUUAUCUGGUGGAAUUGGAAAGUUCAUCACCGACGACAAGGCGGCAGGUCAGUUGACAGGUGCUGUUGCUGGUGCUGUAGCAGGUGGAUUUGCAGGAGGUUUGAUCGGUGUUGCGACGGUCGGUGCUCUUGGCACGACAAUGGGAGCAGCCGGUGGUGGUUGUGCUGGAACUAUAUCAGGUUCCGUGUUAGGAUAUACUACCGCAGGAAAGACAUAUAAAGAAGUAUCCGAAGAAAAAUAA